UGCGCACGGCGGGGCCGCUGCCGGUUGGUGCCGGCGCUCCGCAGUGGGGGAGCGGCGGGCGCGGAGCCGCGGCCGGUCCCAGCCCCAGUGCCAGCGGCGUGCGGAGCACCGGGCGCAGCCAUGUCUGUGGUGGGCAUCGACCUCGGCUUCCUCAACUGCUACAUCGGCGUGGCGCGGAGCGGCGGCAUCGAGACCAUCGCCAACGAGUACAGCGACCGCUGCACGCCAGCAUGUAUAUCUUUAGGAUCCAAGACCCGAGCCAUUGGGAAUGCAGCAAAGAGCCAGAUCGUCACAAACGUAAAAAAUGCAGUGCAUGGCUUCAAAAAACUGCAUGGAAGAGCAUUUGAAGAUCCUUACAUACAAGCUGAAAGGGCUAAACUUCCCUAUGAACUUCAGAAGAUGCCAAAUGGCUCUGUAGGAGUAAAGGUGAGGUACCUGGAUGAAGAGAGACUGUUUGCAGUGGAACAGAUCACAGGAAUGCUGCUGGCCAAACUGAAGGAGACUUCAGAAAGUGCUUUGAAGAAACCAGUGGCUGACUGUGUGAUUUCAGUCCCUAGUUUCUUCACUGAUGCUGAAAGAAGGUCUGUAAUGGCAGCUGCACAGAUUGCAGGAUUAAAUUGUCUGAAGCUGAUGAAUGAAACUACAGCAGUUGCAUUAGCUUAUGGAAUAUACAAGCAAGAUCUGCCAGCCUUGGAAGAGAAGCCAAGAAAUGUGGUCUUUGUAGAUAUGGGGCAUUCUGCAUAUCAGGUUUCCAUCUGUGCUUUCAACAAGGGAAAACUGAAGGUCUUGGCCACUACCUUUGACCCUUUCGUAGGUGGUAGGAACUUUGAUGAGGCUUUAGUAGAUUACUUCUCUGAAGAAUUCAGGACAAAAUACAAACUGAAUGUAAAAGAGAAUCCCCGAGCGCUGCUGCGAUUGUAUCAGGAAUGUGAAAAGCUCAAGAAGCUGAUGAGUGCGAAUGCAUCUGACCUUCCACUCAAUAUUGAGUGCUUCAUGAAUGACCUGGAUGUCUCCAGUAAGAUGAACAGAGCUCAGUUCGAGCAGUUGUGUGCUGCCCUUCUGGCCAGAGUGGAGCCUCCUCUAAGAGCAGCCAUGGAACAAGCCAAACUUCAGCGUGAAGAUAUCUACAGUAUAGAAAUAGUAGGUGGGGCUACUAGAAUUCCAGCAGUGAAGGAACAGAUCUCUAACUUUUUCUGUAAAGAGAUAAGCACCACACUAAAUGCUGAUGAAGCUGUGGCAAGAGGCUGUGCCUUACAGUGUGCAAUUCUUUCUCCAGCUUUUAAAGUGCGUGAGUUUUCCAUCACAGAUGUUGUUCCUUACUCUAUAACAUUGAGAUGGAAAUCAUCUUAUGAAGAAGGAACAGGGGAAUGUGAAGUCUUCAGUAAAAACCAUGCUGCUCCAUUCUCAAAAGUAAUUACUUUCCACAAGAAAGAGCCUUUUGACUUGGAAGCUUAUUAUACCCAUCCACAUGAAGUGCCUUAUCCUGAUUCCAGAAUAGGGCGUUUCACUAUUCAGAAUGUUGGUCCCCAGCAUGACGGCGACAACUCCAAGGUGAAGGUGAAAGUGCGCGUCAACAUCCACGGGCUGUUCAGCGUGGCCAACGCGUCCAUCAUCGAGAAGCAGAGCAUCGAGGGGGAUCACAACGACACCCCCAUGGACACUGAGUCAGCAAGUAAGAACCAAGGCAGAGAUGAGGAGCUGGAUAAAAUGCAGGUUGAUCAAGAAGAAGGUGUGCAGAAAAGUCAAGCUGAACAACAGAACCAAGCAGAUGAGGAAACUGAAAAUCCUGGAACUGAAACCAAGGCUGCUUCUGGAGAAAAGCAAGAUCAUCCCUCCCAGCCAAAGGCUAAAACAAAAGUUAAGAGUAUUGACCUCCCUAUACAGGCAAGCCUCUAUAGGCAGCUGGGACAAGACCUGAUCAAUUCCUAUAUAGAAAAUGAGGGGAAGAUGAUGAUGCAAGACAAGCUUGAGAAAGAACGAAAUGAUGCUAAGAAUGCUGUUGAAGAAUAUGUGUAUGAGUUCAGAGACAAGCUGUGUGGAGUCUUUGAGAAAUUUAUCACUGAAGAGGAUUCAAACAAGCUGACCUUGAUGUUGGAGGACACAGAAAAUUGGCUUUAUGAAGAUGGAGAGGACCAGCCAAAACAAGUAUACAUGGAUAAGCUUCAGGAAUUAAAGAAAUUUGGACAGCCUAUCCAGGAAAGAUGCAUGGAACAUGAAGAGAGGCCAAAAGUUCUAAAUGAACUGGGAAAGAAGAUUCAGCUCCUUAUGAAAGCAGUAGAAGCGUACAAAAAUAAGGAUGAAAAGUACGACCACCUAGAUCCUGCUGAGAUGGAUAAAGUUGAAAAAUACAUUAAUGAGGCUAUGAAUUGGUUGAACAGCAAAAUGAAUGCUCAGAACAAACUCAGUCUAACUCAGGAUCCAGUUGUCAAAGUGGCAGAAAUACUAGCAAAAUCUAAGGAACUGGAUAGCUUCUGUAAUCCCAUUCUAUCCAAGCCCAAGCCGAAGAUAGAACCUCCCAGUGACGGGCAGUCCAAAGCUAACGGGGAACACAACGGGCCAGUGAACGGACAGAGCGCUGCUGAAACAAAACCCGAACCAGCCAAGGACAACCCUCAGCAGACCAAACCCCCCGGAGACAUGGAAGUGGACUAAACCUUGCAUUUCUUUUACUUCAUUAAAAUAGUGCAAGUAACCACAGGGUCCAUUCUUUUUGUCUGGUACACACCUCAGAUGUUCAGUUAUUCUUAGCCAAACUUCUGUCAUUCGUUGCUGAGUAGUUUUGAAAGUGUUUUAUAUUAAGUACACCUCUGAUGUUCAUUUCCACUGAUGCUGCUUAUGUGGAGCUUUAGCCAAAUGUAGAUUGUAUAAGUCAGUUGAAGCUUUCCCAAUAUAUUUUAUAUCAAACAUACAGAAUUGAUCUAUAAAUGGCAACAAUCUACCUUAUUUAAAGCUUUUAUUGUGGAUAAACCUCAGCUCCUUUAUUCAGGAAAGGAUACUGUAUUGCACUACUGAUGCUCAAGUGUAGAUCUAAUCGCAUCUUUAUUUUGGAAAAAUAUUGGAAUUGAAGUGGCAAAACCUGUCACUUGAAGCACUGACCUUUUCUAGUUAUUGUAUUGUUAUAAUUUAAAUAUUAAAAUAGAGGUUAGUUGGCA